UCUCCAUCUCCAUCUCCUCGAUCCGUUCUCCAAUCCAGCUCCUCCUGUUCGUCCGCCCAUCAUUGCUUUUCUCAACCAGAAAGAACAACACCAUCCCACGCACGUCCUGCAUGUUUGAGUUCAGACUUGUUGCGUCUCAGGUCAAAGUCCCCGUGCGUCCGCCAGAUCAGAAGUCGUCAGAGCAACUUUUGGUUGUCCGCUUUCGUUCGUUCGUUUCAUUCCAUCCAUCUUUCCUCCUCUCCUUCUCCGCCUUAUCACAUCCCAACCUUUGCGCCAUUCUCAUACAACCACUACAUCCUCCUCCGUAUACACCCGAUUACUCCUCUUCGAGUACAUCGCCCCCGCAUUUCCUGGCCCUCUCGUAUCCUUGACUCUUGCAACGUCCCAUGCUCGCGUGCUCCUAGUCAAGGCAAACCGCCUGUUUCCGAGAAAGGAACCUGAGCGAAGCAUGGGCUGUCAAAUGAGACAAGCAUCCACCACCCUCACGGCCUAGAUCAUGGCUUCGACCUCCCCCUCUCCACUCAGGCGAUUCGACCCCGAACCCGUCGAGACCUCCGUCAGGAGUUCAAGAUCAGCUCGCAGCCGGUCAGACCACCCCUCGUCCACACUUCCUACGAACAAGACUUUAAAUCCCGCCGACUCCAUGUCUCCUCAGACCAAACCUCGCAAGUUCUUGCCUCAGCCGGUGGAGGAGACAUUCAGGAGUUCUAGGAAGAAGAACAUUGUGGACGGUAUACAAGACUCGACGACGGCGGCCGAUGGAGUUGUUGGUGGUCCUACAAACGAAUCAAGUAUACACGCCGUCUCGACGCCGAACGAUCCUGGCUCCCUCCCUGGCGUACAAAGCAGUGGUGCUUCUGCAGGACCCAGGCGGUUUGCACCGGAACCUGUUGACACCAGUGCUCGGUCCUCGAGACGGAAAUUCAACCCGGAGCCUUUAGAAACAAGUACGAGGAGCAAUAGGGACAGAGACAAACCCCAAGAAGACGAAACGCCUAAAACACGGAGGAGGUUUGCCCCGGAACCGGUGGAGACGACAACAAGGAGCUCCAGGGAAAAGAAAUCUCAGGACGCAGAAGAGACGACCUCGAGUCGUCCUCGUCGGAAGUUCGUCCCGGAGCCCAUAGAGACCAGUACAACUACGAGAAGAAGACGCGACCCGGAACCAGAGGACUUGGACGACGAACCACAAAAAACCGGUGAUUCCUCUGCUUCUAGUAGAGCUUCAUCUGGACCCCGCAAGUUCUCUCCAGAACUAUUAGAGACUGCCAAAGGCUCCUAUCGACGCGUCCACCUCCCUACUCCUGAAGCCAGACCAUCGCCCUCACCGAGUCGACGAGCAUCCUCUCCUCCACCAGAAGAGAGAGAGCAACCAGAAGACGUCUCUGGAAUUGAGGAGUCGCGCUUCUCGGCAGCGGCUCUGGCCCGAAAGCAGCCUGAGGCCUUACGACAGCAUUCGUUCGCUGUUCCUGAUCUGCCCAUAAUCGAGUCGACCUCGGAAGAUGAAGGCUCCGCACCCUCACUGAGCGACUCUCCUUCAUCCGUGGAUUCAGUCACCAGGAGAGCACCACCUAGUGCGAAGGACAGUUAUACUGAAUAUGUCCUACGCUUGGCUGCCGAGACGGUGAGCGAGAAGGAAUUAGAAGAGCAGGCAAUGGCCGCCUACAUCAAUGAACGGCCGCAUGAGCCUGUGGAUCACUUUGCCAUCUCGCGCGAAGAUGAUGAAGAUGGUCCUUUACCGGUGCCAAUGUUUCAGGGCGAGAAGGGGGCCGAUGCCCACACCUUCCGACGGUCGUCGGCGGCAGAGCUGAAUUUAGAGAUGGAAAAUAUGCGAAAACAUCACGAGCAGCUCGAAGCGGCGAAACGAGAGCUGAAAGCCGACACCGCGGGGCAGAGUCGGUUCAGUGCUGCAGCGUUGGCGACCCGGCAUGCAUUGGAGGCAAAAGGCUUGAAGAAGACGAAGAAGCCGAGAGCAGAGGAGGAAGACUCAGAACUGGCCCGUAUGAGGGCUGCUGCGUCACCUCCAAUGCUGGGCGGCGACCUCGUCUUCCCGUUCACCAUCUCUCCAAAGAUGACACGCUGCGACCCCGAUCAGCCCCCAAGACCUAGAAGUGCAGAAAGUGACGAUGAGUCGGUGGAACCUAGUAGUCCUGACCUUUGGAGACCACACAAAAAGCGAGAGAACAACGCUGGCGAAGGGCUGUGGAUGGGGAUGUGUCAAGCGGGAUUGUGGCAACCUCGAAGUCCACAGAACGGCUUGCGCAGCGGCAUCCAGACACCCUCCCCUGUAACUCCAGCAGGGGAAAGAAACAACCCAUUCGAAGCCAGCACGCCAGGGCGAGGAUACCAGACUCCUGGACGGCGCCGGCAACACCUCUCGGGACUAGGCUUUCUCCCAUUAACCCCUCCGCGCAGUCAAGACGGCGAUGAUUCAUUUACUAGCACCAUCGACAAAAAGCUGCGAAUCGAGAAACAAAUCGAGGACGAAUUCCCCAACCGGGUGAUUACCCAGAUAUACAACUACCUGAGCCUGGGGUACCCCAGCCUCGCACAUAUGUUUGAUGAAGAACUCAGCAAGAUUUCUCGCAUUCCUAUCGAAGAGCUGCGCAAGGAUGAUAACAAUGUCGAUGCCAAAGGGUACGUGGGUGCACCGGAGGGCGAUGGCUGGGAUGAAGCCGAAGUCAUCGGCAAAUGCAAACGUUGGGAGGCGUUGAGGUUAUAUGUGAGAGAAUGGGGCCGGCAGAGUCCGAAUUUCGCAGAUGAUAGAAAGCGCGCAUGUUUGGGUGCGGACGAGGACUGGGGCGCAAGGGUAAGAAAGGGGAGCUGGGCUCAUUAGGUCUUGUCUUCUCGUGAUUACGGGUUCCGGCUUCUCUUUUGCCUUGGAGGCUCUUGCGAAGAUCUUGUCGUUGUCACGCCCGGACCUCGCUGUGGUUUUGGAUCCUUUUCCUUCUUGUCGACUCCUUAGAGGAUAGACAGUCGGACUUUUUUUUCUUUGGUAUUGAGCGUGGGAAAGACGAGCACGUCUUUCCGUUUGGUUUCAUUUCUAUGGGAGCCUAUCGUUUUGAGGCUGUCUUGCAUCGUUACGGGAAGAUAAGCAGGCAUCUGUAUAGGGAUUACCCACAGGACAUCAAAAUAAUGAUUUAACGAGAUGAAAAGUGAUCUAGA